AUGGUCCCAUGCCUCCCCGACCGCCCAGUCCCUGCCCCAGCCCAGCUUGCGAGCUACCAGCAGCUGAGCUCCGCGGCACAGACACCGGCUAGCCCUCCGUGCCCUGUCCCCGCUCCGCGGCGAUCCCUAGCCAGCCCUCCCGUUCCUGCCACCGCUGCAGCUACGCUGGGGACCACGGCCACCACCGGGAUCGCGACAGCAGCCCAGCCCUCUGCCCCUGCACCCCCCAGUGCACCCCUGCCUGCAGCGCCGCUGCCGGCUCGGAGCGCCGCGGCGCUGCCGCGGCCCGACCCGCCCCCAUUGCGCAGUGGUGUUCCGGGGCUUCACGCCGCAGCGCUGCCAUCCCCUGCGGGCGGCGACGCCCUGGCGUUCCCUUCUGUGGCCACAGACGCGGUCCCUGCUGCGCUCCCCGAGGCGGCCGCCAUGAUGCCUCACCACGCGGAUCCCGUGACUCGCCCCCCGCAUGCGCAGUCCCUGCGACCCUCGGAAGUCCUGCCUCACACCGCGACACCGCCGGCCCCCCCCCACGCCACCUCCACCACGCCUUUGAUCUAG